AUUAUGUACCUAGGUAUAAUAGGUAAGCUUAGAUAAUCCAGGAACCCGGAGAUAAUCGGAGGAAAUGACUUGCCAUAUUAGGGUUUAAUCAAGUGGGACAUCUGCAACCACUUAAACGCGACACGCGAAAAACGCGGUCAGGAACGCGACAACCAUGGAUUUUGAUUCCCCUCUACCCCUUUCCUAAACAACCAGUUCCAGUCCAAGUCUACUACGUAACCUUGGAAAUCUCCCCCACUUGAAACCUGGCUCUCGAUAUCUAUCUCACGGUAAUUGUCUGAGGAGUAGAGGACCUCAAGUUCUAUCUAUAACCGGUUUUUCUACAGUUUACAGACCCAGUUACGGAAGAAAAUUAGGUACCAUGGAUAGUUUUAUGCUUCGAGAUGAAGCGGCCAAGGAGCGCAUUCGCUUGGCUGAGGAGUUCCUCGAUCCUCAUGAUCCGCGUGCGAGGAGUUACCGAUCCGAUAUCAUUCUGAUGCUCCAGAAGAAUCAAAAGCGUUUAGUAGUCAACUUAGAUCACGUUCGCGACCACAACACCGAACUUGCAGACGGUCUACUAUUCGACCCAUUCGAUUACACUCUAGCAUUCAACCAUGCGCUCAAAGAGAUCGUUAAGACCAUUCCGCAAGCACGACCAGACCAAACCGAUCCAGAUGUCUUGUACUACUGCGCUUGGGCUGGCAGUUUCGGUCUCAAUGCUUGCAAUCCUAGGACCCUGUCGUCCAAUCACCUCAACCAUAUGGUUUCGAUCGAAGGUAUUGUCACCAGAUGUUCGCUAAUCAGACCGAAAGUCGUCAAGAGUGUGCAUUACAACGAGAAGAAGAACAUUUUCCACUUCCGCGAAUACCGCGAUCAGACUAUGACCAACGGCGUGACCACAUCAAGUGUCUAUCCCCAAGAAGACGAAGAGGGGAACCCACUCUUAACAGAAUAUGGAUUCUGUACAUAUAGAGACCAUCAGACUAUUUCGAUACAAGAAAUGCCCGAGAGAGCCCCUGCCGGCCAACUACCUCGUGGUGUGGAUGUCAUUCUCGACGACGACCUUGUCGACAAAGUAAAACCUGGAGACAGAGUACAGCUUGUGGGUAUCUUCCGGACACUUGGAAACCGAAAUACAAAUCACAAUAGCGCGCUAUUCAAGACGAUAAUCCUAGCGAACAACGUCGUCCUUCUCUCAUCUAAGGCGAGCGGAGGUGUAGCAACGGCUACCAUCACCGAUACCGAUAUUCGUAAUAUUAACAAGGUUGCCAAGAAGAGGAAUCUCUUCGAACUUUUGUCACAAUCGUUGGCUCCUAGUAUUUACGGUCAUGAUUAUAUCAAGAAGGCGAUCUUGCUCAUGCUGCUGGGUGGUAUGGAGAAAAAUCUGGAAAAUGGUACACAUCUGAGAGGAGACAUCAACAUUCUUAUGGUUGGUGAUCCUUCCACAGCUAAAUCUCAACUUCUACGCUUCGUGCUCAAUACCGCCCCGUUGGCCAUUGCCACUACUGGCCGCGGCUCUUCAGGCGUCGGUCUCACGGCUGCCGUCACGACCGAUAAGGAGACGGGCGAGAGAAGACUAGAGGCCGGUGCUAUGGUUAUGGCAGACAGAGGAGUCGUCUGUAUUGAUGAGUUCGACAAAAUGUCCGAUAUCGACCGAGUCGCCAUCCACGAAGUUAUGGAACAGCAGACUGUUACUAUUGCUAAGGCAGGUAUACAUACAUCACUCAAUGCCCGUUGUAGUGUCAUUGCGGCUGCCAACCCUAUCUUUGGGCAAUACGAUACACACAAGGAUCCCCACAAGAACAUCGCCCUUCCAGAUUCUCUACUAUCUCGUUUCGAUCUUCUAUUCGUUGUCACAGAUGACAUUGAAGACACCCGAGAUCGUCAGGUCUCCGAACACGUCCUACGUAUGCAUCGUUACCGUCAACCCGGUACCGACGAAGGCGCGCCGGUUCGUGAAAAUGGCCAACAGGCUCUCAGCGUCGCACUGCAAAGCCAAGACGCUACCCAGGCGGUCACCGAAGUCUACGAGAAAUACGACGCCAUGCUGCACGCCGGUGUCACCGUAACCUCAGGUCGCGGCGCCAACAAACGGAAGGAGGUUUUAAGUAUCCCAUUCAUGAAGAAGUACAUCCAGUACGCGAAGAACAGGGUCAAGCCGGUACUAACCCAGGACGCGUCGGAGCGUAUCGCGGAAAUAUACGUCGGCUUACGUAACGACGAGAUGGAAGGCAACCAGAGGAGAACGUCUCCCUUGACUGUCCGUACCUUGGAGACGCUCAUCCGUCUAGCAACCGCACACGCCAAGUCCCGGCUCUCCAACCGAGUGGAAGAGCGAGAUGCGCUCGCGGCCGAGGCGAUCCUACGUUUCGCCCUGUUCAAGGAGGUCGUCGAGGACGAGUCGAAGCGGAAGCGAAGACGGACCCAACGAGUCGAGUCGGACGACGAGGACGAAGACAGCGACGACGACGAUGGCGACCGCGGCGAUAGCAGCUAUAGGGGCUCGACAGCUCGUGGCAAAACCGCCCCGUCGACCAGGACGACUGGCCGCGCCCAGCCAUCGACCAACGGUAGCCGUCGCACGAACGGCACGAGCAGCCGCACGCCGGCCCGCUCUCCCGAAGCAGGCGACGACGCCGUCGACGACGAGGACCUAUACAACGCGACGCCGCAACGCCCCGGCCGAAGCGGAGCCGCGUCUUCGUCGAACGCGCCCGCAACAUCGCAGCUCUCUUUCGCUUCCUCGGUGCCCGCCUCGCAACUCGAGACGCAGGAGACGGAGACGCAAGAGCGGGACGCGGCUUUAGCUUCUAGCGCAGCGGACCUGAAUAUCGACGCGCCGAUCACGCCGGAGAGACUGGCCAUGUUCCGGACGGCGCUGGGCCAGCUGCUCAACACGGACCUGUUCGACGACGACUCCGCGGACGUGGACGAGGUCAUUACCGCGGUGAACAGCCGCGUGGAGGGCCGUGGCGACGCGUUCUCGCGCGAGGAGGCUGUCAAGGCGCUUAAGAAGAUGGAUGAGGCGAAUCAGAUCAUGUACACGGAUGGUAAUUUGGUGUAUAAGAUCUAGGCAUAGAUGAUGCUGAACGGAAGGUGAUGGGGUUACGACGAUAUGGUGUAUGAUCCAUGACCCAUGACCCAAGAGAUUAGAGGCGUUCCCGA